CAUAUCUCUUAAAUUGCAUGUGGCCAAAACUGCACCAGCCUUAAUCACUUAUACUCCAAAACUCAUAAACUCACUGGAUCAUAAUUGAAGGGGCAAGGGCAAAUCCGACAACAUCAUGCUAUCUGUCUUCUACUUCUCACUUCUCCCCCCAUAUCUCCCCUUCAGCUCCACCCUGUUUUCCCACUCCAAUUAUUGUCUCUUCUUCUCAACAUAUUUCAGUACUAACCCCUAAACACACACACACACUCUCUCUCUCUCUCUCUCUCUCUCUCUCAUGGCAAGUGAGCAAGAGAUUUCACAUGGUAAUUACCACGACAGCGACGAUGAAGAAGAGGAGGAGGAGGAGGAGGAGGAAGAGGUGGAGGAAGAAAAUUCGGAGGAGAUGAAAACUCCACGAGGGGGAAGGAGUAGGGGAUGGUCAGUGGGCCGGGUUUUGGACCCGAGGACGACGUGGGUUCAAGAAUGGAACCGGGUAUUCCUCCUGGUGUGCGCCACGGGCCUGUUCUUGGACCCGCUCUUCUUCUACGCGCUGUCCGUGAGCGACACGUGCAUGUGCCUGUUCGUGGACGGGUGGUUCGCGGUCACCGUCACGGUGCUCCGGUGCAUGACGGACGCCCUGCACGUGUGGAACAUGUGUCUCCAGCUCAAGAUGAACAAGCUGUCUUAUGCACCCGUGGGUGGCACCGGCGAAAGCACCCGGUUGCAAACCAAGAGUGCUCGAGCAGUUGCUCUUGGCUACUUGAAGGCCAGAAAGGGUUUCUUUUUGGAUCUCUUUGUUAUCCUACCUCUUCCACAGGUAGUACUAUGGGUAGCCAUUCCAGCUCUGCUGGAGAGGGGAUCAACAACUGCAGUGAUGACGGUGUUGUUGAUAAUGUUUCUCUUCCAGUAUCUCCCCAAGAUUUACCACUCCGUGUGCCUCCUCCGCCGCAUGCAAAACCUCUCCGGUUACAUCUUCGGGACUGUUUGGUGGGGGAUCGCCCUCAACAUGAUUGCUUACUUUGUUGCAUCCCAUGCAGUGGGAGCAUGUUGGUACUUACUGGGAAUCCAGAGGGCAGCAAAAUGCCUACAAAAGCAUUGCAGAGGAACAAAGGGGUGUGGGCUGAGAAUGUUGGCUUGUGAAGAUCCCAUUUACUAUGGAACCACAAGCUUGGUAAGAGACAGAACCAGACUGCUUUGGGGGGAUAACAAGCAAGUAAGAUCUGCCUGCCUGGAGAAUGACGAUAACUUUGAUUUUGGAGCUUAUAAAUGGACAGUUCAACUUGUCACCAACGAAAGCCGAUUGGAGAAGAUCCUCUUUCCCAUCUUCUGGGGCCUCAUGACUCUCAGUACCUUUGGGAAUUUGGAGAGCACGACGGAUUGCCUAGAGGUGGUCUUUAUUAUUAUAGUUCUAACGACUGGACUCCUUUUGGUCACGAUGUUGAUCGGAAAUAUCAAGGUGUUUCUGCAUGCAACUACGUCAAAGAAACAAGCGAUGAAAUUGAAGAUGAGGAACAUAGAGUGGUGGAUGAGGAGGAGACACUUGCCACCGGCGUUCAAGCAGAGGGUGCGGAAUUAUGAGAGGCAGCGGUGGGCUGCGAUGCGCGGAGUGGACGAAUGUGAGAUGAUCAGAAACCUCCCUGAAGGGCUGAGGAGAGAUAUCAAAUACCAUCUCUGCUUAGACUUGGUUAGACAGGUACCUUUAUUCCAACAUAUGGAUAAUCUAGUCCUAGAGAAUAUCUGCGACCGCGUGAAGUCCCUCAUAUUCACAAAGGGAGAAACUAUAACAAGAGAGGGAGACCCAGUUCAGAGAAUGCUGUUUAUAGUGAGGGGUCAUCUUCAAAGCAGCCAAGUACUAAGAGACGGCGUCGAGAGUUGCUGCAUGCUAGGCCCGGGAAACUUCAGCGGAGAUGAACUUCUCUCGUGGUGCCUCAGGAGACCUUUCGUCGAACGGCUACCGCCUUCUUCAUCCUCUCUGGUCACUGUGGGGACCACGGAGGCAUUCGGACUAGAAUCCGAGGAUGUGAAAUAUGUCACUCAACAUUUUAGGUACACAUUUGUGAAUGAGAAAGUGAAGAGGAGCGCAAGAUACUACUCCCCAGGAUGGAGAACAUGGGCUGCGGUGGCGAUCCAGUUGGCUUGGAGGAGGUACAGGCACCGAUUAACGCUCACAUCGUUGUCGUUCAUUAGGCCCAGAAGGCCCUUGUCGCGGUGUUCUUCCCUUGGGGAAGAUAGGCUCAGGCUUUAUACUGCGUUAUUGACUUCACCCAAACCUAAUCAAGAUGAUUUUGAUUUCUGAAAUCAAAGCAGAAGUUUGUAUAAAUACCGCGGAUUAAACUCAUUAAAUUGGAGCUUAAUGAGCUAAAAAACACUUUCUUUGCA